AAUUUCCGGUUGUGUUCCGGUUCCUUCUGGCUUCUGUUUGUGAAGUAGUAUUUUGAAGCUCGCCAGUAAAAUCAUCAGAAAGUAAAGUAACCCCGUGUUUUCAACGUUGUGAAACGGAAAUAUACGUAACCGUGAUGCAGACUAAACACCGACACACGGUUUGUGUAUGUAUGUUUACAAAUGAACAGACUUAAAUCACAUUAGUACAACAUUAUUGUUAGAACAGCUGCGCGACGUGGUUAUCAACAAGAAACCAACCACGAGACAGUUCUCUUUUCCUCCACAACAAGAACAAAAAAAAAUGCCAUCAAGAAAUCACCUUGACAAAAUCGGAAGGAAGAAGAAAAAGAAAUGGACAGAGGAGGCCAUGGAACGUGCACUGAUUGAGGUAAAGUCAGGGAGGUGCACGGUGAGACAGGCUGCCAAAGAGUUUGGAGUCCCCAAGUCUUCGCUGGGAGACAGAGUGAGUGGACGGGUGACACCAGGGAGUCGCAGUGGGCCAGCUCAACUUAUAACAUCUGCAGACGAGGAGCUGUUAGUGGAGUUCUCCUCAUAUAUGUCCAAGCAUGGAUUCCCACUUACUAAACAGCAGCUGGUCUCCUUUGCCUCUUCGAUUUACAAGCGGCAGCAUCGGAGGGUGGCCUUUUCCAAACUGGGCCAGACCUGGUGGCUCAAUUUUAGAAAACGGCAAGAAAAGAAUAUUACUAUUCAGCCAGCAGACACUGUUAUACGUGGAAGAACAGUUUGUGUGAGGAAAGAAGCGGUGGACCAGUUUUUUCAUUUACUGAGCACCGUCAUGGACACUCAUGGAGUCAGAGACAAGCCUCGCCAUAUCUUUAACUGCAGCGAGACAGGCUUUCAGCUGGGCAGGAAGAAGGUAAAUCUUUCCAAGCCUGUCGGACUUGGCUACAGACCAGUGCCAGGUCUGAGGGACCACAUCUCCAUUUUAGCUUGCUUUAGUGCAGCUGGAGAAGACGUUCCCCCUUUUAUUGUCUACUCGAAGGCCUACCCAGGGGGAGUAUGUUACAAGACACAAGGCCCACCAAAUGCUCUCUAUGGUUGGUCAGACUCGGGUUGUAUUAAUUCUGACCUCUUUAAAAAAUGGUUCCUUAAACAUUUUCUUGUGCACGCACCGAAGGAACGUCCACUGCUGCUGAUUUUUGACGGCCACAAGUCGCCUGUGAACCUGGAGGUGGUGGAGGCCGCUCGUAAGGAGAACGUCGUCCUCCUGUGCCUCCCGUCUCAUUGCUCUUACAUCCUGCAGCCACUCAACGCAGGUCUUUUUGUUCUCCUACGGCAGCGUUUUGCGGCACUCCUAGGGGAGGGUUGUGCCACGGACACCCCCUUUGCAAUAAGCAAGAAAGAGUUCUCUGGAGUUUUUAAAGGAACUUAUCAGGUAGCAAAGGAAGAGGAGGGUGCCAGGAUUGUCAAGGAAGGGUUUAGAAAAUGUGGUAUCUACCCGCUGAACCAUUUUGUUGUCAAUGAUGGUCAUUUAAUGUCAUCACAAAUCAUGAGCUCAGCAGCUGGACCUUCUUUUGCAGCAUCUGCUCAGGAGAUAGACACUGUAGGAGACCUCACAGCUCCUGAAGCCUCCUUAUAGCUCGUUAUCACCUUAAUCGGCCAUUAGUGCCUCUGAGGAAUUAGGCUUCCUGCAGAGCUCGCUGUUUGCCAGCUCACAAAGGAGAAAAGAAUCUGUCAAUAUGAAUUGCUUGGUGAAGAUGUGCUCCAAUUAAGUCAUUGAAUAAACGGUUUCAAUGCAA